CCACCGUCCAAUAUAAAAAAAUUAAAAACCUUGUGCUUCAAUUUUUUUUACAAAAACUUGAAGGAAAUGCAGCCUGCUAUUGCCUAGUGCCUAUUUAAGUUGUUUCUUCCGCUUAGUUGGCUCAUCAACUCCUCGCAUCAGAAAGUGAACCUGCCGCUACUCCUAACAAUUUGCUUUGCAAGGUCCAAGUUGGUUGUCAGUCUCCAACUUUAUCUAUUUCUUCUGCUGAUCUUGCAUUCAGCCCCGCUGAGAGACUCACCCAUCAUUUCCAGGUGCGCGACGUGAGUCAAGUCCGAAUUAGUCGAGGAAAUUCAUCGAUGGAAACAAUUGUUGAAAUUUCAAAGCUAGCUGGGAAUUAUUUAGGCCGCCACAGAAAACUUGAAGAAGAUCUGAAUGAGUUGAGAAGCGAAUGGCAGGUUCUAAAGAGGAGAAAAAUUGACAUUAGUUCAAGAAUACAAGUAGAGGUAGAGGUUCACUCGGACCCGGUGGUGAAACAAGAAGUAGAGGGAUGGCUUGAAGAUGUUCAGAAGAUCGAACAAGACAUACAAGAUGUUGAAGAAAGAGUAGGCACAGUUCCAUACCACAAACGUGCCAGUCUUGAUAAACUUGUGCGUGAAAAAACUGAAGUGGUGAAGAGGAUUCAAGGGAGGGGCAUUUUCGAAGGAGGCCUUGGGAUUAAGAGAGCUCCAGCUUGUGGAAUGGUAAUUCCAACAGAAAAUUUAGAGGGUGAAAUUUCUACUAAAGAUGAAAUUUGGGAGCACUUGAUGGGCAACAAAGUUGGAAUGAUUGGGGUUUGUGGUAUCAGUGGAGUUGGUAAGACUACAAUCAUGAAGCAUGUUAACAAUGAUUUGUUGACGGAGAGUAGAUUUCAGAAAGUGAUUUGGGUUACUGUAUCAUAUCCUCUCAAUGUUUUAGAACUACAAAAGAAGAUUGCACUUGCUAUGGGCAGAACACUUCCAGAAGAUAAAGAAGAAAUGAUGCGAGCUGCAGCACUAAUGGAGAUAAUGGGAAGAGUGAGAUUUGUGCUAAUAUUAGAUGAUGUAUGGGAAAAUUUUUCUUUGAGUGAUGUUGGAAUCCCAGAACCAACUAUGCAAAAUGGAUGCAAAGUAGUUAUCACUAGUAGACCAGUUGAUGUAUGCAAUUCUUUGGGUUGUAAGAUUGUUAAAGUGCAGCUUCUUUCACCGCGGGAGUUCCUAAACUUAUUCCUGGAUAAGAUUGGACAUGAUGUUUUACAAGUUUCAGGAUUGGAAGAAAUCUUGAAGCUUAUUGUGCAGGAGUGCGCCGGUUUACCGCUGGCAAUUGUUGUAAUAGGAGGGGGCAUGAGGGGAGAAUAUGAUAUUAUAGAGUGGAGAAAUGCACUAAAUGAGUUAAGCCAGUGUGUAAAAAGUGUGAAAGGCAUGGAGGAUAAGAUAUAUGGACGGAAGGAGUUGAUAGAAGGUUGGAUUGAUGGAGGAUUGAUUGAUGAGUUGGGAAAAAGACAAGAAGCUUAUGAUAGGGGUCAUGCUUUUUUAAAUAGGCUGGAAAAGAACUGUUUGUUAGAGAAAACAAUUGGUCAGGGUGGUCAAGUUUUUAAGAUGCAUGAUGUUGUACCGAAUGAGAGUGAGUGGGUAAGAGAUCUUAAGAAGGUAUCUCUAAUGGCAAAUGGCAUUUCAAAAAUUCCUGUUGGUUUGAUAUUGUCAAAUAAUGCUGAUUUGGCAGAGAUUCCAAGUUCCUUUUUUGAAGAUAUGGUCGGACUUAAGGUUCUUGAUCUUUCUGGUACUAGUAUUAAAGCUUUACCUGAUUCCACCUCUAACUUGGUGAAUCUCUCUGCACUACGGUUGAGGAAAUGCAAGAGGUUAAAGUACUUUCCUUCCUUAGCAAAGCUUAGGGCAUUGAAGAAGUUGGAUCUGCAUAAGGCAGGGAUUGAGGAGGUCCCUCAAGGCAUGGCGAUGUUGGUGAGUCUUGAAUAUCUUGAUUUAUUUUGUCCAAAACUGAAAGAGAUUCCAACGGGAAUAUUACCUAGCCUUCCCAAUCUCCAGUACUUGGUUGUAUAUCUAAGCAGUGCAAUUACUAAAAGGAUAAAUUUAGAAGAGGUUGCUAGACUGAGCAAGUUGCAGAGUUUGGAAUGUGGAAUAGAGGUUAUACAAGACUUUAACUAUCUGGCCAAUAAGUCUAAAGAUUUUGAAAGUCUUAUGGCUUAUGAUCUUCGAUUGACAACAGGUAAACAAGACAUCACAGCUCAUGGAUUUUCUGAUGAAUAUCAACAUAAGGUUUUAAUCCUUGAUUGUGAGAUUGGAGAAGAAUGUAUAGCGCUUCCAGAUAAGCUUGAGGGGAUAGAGUGCAUGGUUGAGUUGGACUAUUCCUCCUCUUCAUUGAGUUGUCCAGUACUGGAUAAGCUUGAAAAGUUGUAUAUUAAUAACUCGCCUAACUUGAGUGCACUUGUGAGAGUGGAAGGAGUAGCAACACCACAGCCUGUCUUUUCCAAUCUUAAAAGCCUUCUUCUACAUACUUGUUCAGGAAUGAGGACGUUGCUUCCGUUUGAGCUAUUGCAUGCCUUCCAAAAUUUAGAGGAGAUUUGGAUUAGUUUUUGCAAACAAAUGGAGGAGAUAAUAGCAUCAUCAGAUUCAGAUGCAUCAUCUGAUAUAUUCAAUUUUCCCAAGUUAAGGAAAUUGAGAUUGGACUAUUUACCCCAAUUGAAGAGCAUCUGUAGUGGCAAAGGAGUUAUGGUUUGUGAUUCUAUUGAAGAAAUUACAGUACGUCACUGUCGGAAGUUACAGAGGAUUCCUUUGCAACUUCUCCUGCUUGACAAUGGCCAGCCAGCUCCUCCUCCUCAUCUCAGAAAAAUCAACAUAGUUGGACGGGAGUCAAAAGAAUGGUGGGAAUCACUGGAGUGGGAUCAUCCUAAUGCUCAGAACAUGCUCCAACCUUUCUUGAAAUUACAUCGGUAAGGUG